UAUUAUAUUCUGAAGAAUAAAUCGUCAUAUUCCUUUGCUUCAUCGCCCCGUAUUAGAAAUUGAUUGUACCGCAAAUAAAUUGCUGUAUUUCGACGCGAUGUGUGUAUGGAUAUCUUGACAGAGGUGAAGUGUCAUCUCAAAAGAGCGAUAUAACAUACGUUAGGGUGAAUCACACGGAGUAUCGAUACAAAUGUUUUCUUUUCAAGUUCAAAAGUAUUCUACCCAUUGUCGAAAAAAAUGACAUUAGCAAACAGUAAUGAAUUAAAGAAUGGAAAGGACCCUCCUCAGCAAAACCAUGAAGAAGGAAUUCCGGAAUCUAUACGAUCUAGAUUAUCAGAUUUACGUAUGCAAAGUACAGAGAUUGUUGAAAUUACAGAAAUGCCAGAUUUUGAAAUGGCGAAUACAUCAGCAGUACUUUAUUAUUGUGAACAUAAAAUUUUAAGGCCAUAUCUGAGACUAUUAGGAGUAAUAGGUUUAAAACCAAUAAGCAAUGAUGAUUCGCAACGAUGCACUUGUUACUGUAUUUUUGCAAAUCUUCAUACUUGUCAAGUUGCAAUAUUUAUGUGUAUUGGAUAUAUACUGCAAUACAUGGCAUGUUUUAGAAGAGACAGAGGUUUGUGUUAUAAAACAACGCCUUUGAAGUUUCAACUUACAUCCAGCAUCAAUGAGGAAAGUUCAAAAGAAAUUAUUUGUUUUGGAAAUGUUAUAUUUAGUUAUCUGAUUCCUAGUAUUUUACAUUUAGUUGCAUACGUAUAUACAGUAUAUCUGUUUCGAAUUAAAGAAAAUGAAAAAUUGCAAAAUUUAAUGGAACGAGCAUUCCUUCUGUCUUCUAAUUCUGUAAACCAUGGAAAUCAAAGAAGACUUGUACGAAUAUUGUGGUUUUUCAUAGCAUUGAGCCUUGUAUGGAUAAUUAUCAACAUGGUUACAGUAAAUGUGUUGAUGGCUCAAGAAAGCAUUGUAUUUCAAUGGUUAGAACAUAGUCAAGUAAAAAUAAUAUUGAAGGUACUUUUAAUCAUAUGCACAUUAUGGCACGAUAUGGUUCAAGGAACAAUUAUAACUAGUUACUGCUUACAAGGUCAACUUUUACUGGCGCAUCUGUAUUCUCUACAUGAAAAAUUACUUCACCAUAUUUUACCUCCUACAGAUUGGAUGAAGGAAAUUAGUGAAUUUAGAAAACUAUUGAAAUAUUUCAACGACGAUUUAGGGCCAGCUGUAUGCAUUUACACGGUUGUAAAUUUAUCAUGGGCUGCAGCAGGCAUCAUUUGGUUAUUCCGAUAUGAUAACAGCGAUAUACAAACUAAUCCUGUCACAUGGAUUGAAACAAUAAACGUAAUUCUUUGGAUUUUAAUAUCAAUAGUUCCUUUUAUCCAGGCAGCUCGCUUAACAAAUGCUUGUUCUAUGAUUCGAAGUAUAGGACACGAAGUGCGCAUUCGACCAUUCGUCCAUCAGAGUACACCUGGCGAAGAUCUUGAUACCAUACUUUUAUACACAUCAUCGUUGAAAAUGAACGCCAGACUAUUUAGAGUACCAAUUACAGGUAGAUAUCUUUGUCUCCUACUCAGCAUAGGCAGUAUCUUGAUUCUUAUACUAGGACAGUGUCAAUUCUUCUAACGUACCAAGAGUAACAUUCAUUCAAGUAAAGUAUCCCUUUUGUAUUUCAUGUAUUUGUCAUUUUAUACGUACAAUUGAUAUUAAGAGCCUUUAAUUUGGGGUCAAAUCUAUAUUUAUAAAACUUUAUUCUUAUACAUGUACAUGUUCUACACACUGUAUUUGUUUUUUGCUUACUAAAUUACAAAAAUACGUACGUAAUUAUCAAAUUGAAAAAGUUAAUAUAUGAAUUCUGUAUAAAGUACUGAAGUAGCAAGAUAUGUAGCAAUUGUUAAUUAAUUGAUUAGUAAUUAAUUGAUUACAUAAAAAUUUACAUUAAUUGAUUAAAUAAAAAUUUACAUUCAAAA